UUUUAAUCCAUGUUGCUGGUGUUUGUGUCUAAUAUCUGCUAAACUACAUGAUGUACAAUGGGAGACCAAAAAGUGAUAACUGAAAUUCCUGCAGCUUUAAAACGUUUGGCAAAAUACAUAGUGCGUGGAUUCUAUGGGGUGGAAUAUUUCCUCACCCUAGACAUUCUUGUUCGCUACCCCUGUGUGAAGGAGGAUGAUCUGCAACAACUGCUGAAGUUUGAGAAGAAGCAGCUCCGAGCUGUCCUCAACACACUGAAAGCUGACAAGUUUAUUAAGAGCCGCAUUAGAGUUGAAACAAGUCCUGACGGGAAGAGUUCCAGACACAAUUAUUAUCACAUCAACUAUAAGCUACUAGUGGAUGUGGUGAAAUACAAGCUGGACAUCAUGCGCAGAAAAAUUGAAACUGAUGAGAGAAAUUCCACAACAAGAUCUUCUUUUAAAUGUCCAGUUUGUUUCAGUACAUUUAGUGAUUUGGAAGUCAAUCACUUGUUUGAUCCUUGCACAGGUAAUUUUAACUGUACUUACUGUCACGCUGAAGUAGAAGAAGAUGCCUCUGCAAUACCAAAACGGGAUGCUCGAACUCUUCUGGCAACUUUUAAUGAGCAGGUCGAACCAAUUUAUGCACUUUUGCAUGAAACUGAAGAUGUUGCUCUACCACAUGAACUUCUGGAACCACAACCAACUGAGAUUCCAGAACUGGCACUUAGUCAGGGGCAGAAGACAGAAUGUCCUGCAAGUUAUGCUCAUCCAGAAAGAUGGUCAAACAAAACCACUUACGGUGACCUCUAUGAACAAAAUAUCACGGUAAAUGUCCAAGGAUCUGAAGCCAAAACCAAGAAAAAGCCCAUUAAAUCCCAGCCCAUCUGGAUGACCACAAGUACUGUUGAAGGAACAGGUUUGGGUAUGACGGAAAGUUCAGUUGAACAUGCCAAAACUCUUGAUGAAGAUACAACUUCAAAGAGCAAGACUCUCAAUUGCGAAGUAAUAAAAACACUUAUGAUUCAUGAGAAAAGAGCAGCAACUGGAACAACCUUCACUUCAAAUGCCAAUCCGAGUGAACCAGAUAGUGACACCAGUGAAUCUGAAGAAGAGUUCAAUACAAAAGUCGCACAACCAGAACUUCAGGAAGAUGAAUCUGAGCUGGAGAAACCUACAGUUAUGGUUGCUGGAAAACCAUAUCUCUAUAGUGAAGUUAGUCAACGGCCUGAAUUGGUAUCUUUGAUGACUGAAGAAGAGCAGGAGAGCUAUAUUAGUACUUGCCAAGAAAUGUUCCAUUUAAUGUAUGAUUAAACUCUAGUAUUUAAAUUUCAUUUGUAAUGUGCAUUUGUUUUCACAAGUUUGCACUAAUCUGAUGGGAGAUUUAAAAAGUAACUUAUAGGCAAAUCAGCUUUUCAGUAAGUACUGAAAUUUCAUUGGACUCUAAUACUAAACCACUUGCCAUAGUGGAAAAACUGAAGCUGUUGAAGUGUCAAGAUUACUAACUGAAGAAACCUCUCAUUGUUCCUUUUAUUAAUGCUAAAAUGAUGCUUUAAAAUCAAGUUGUCAGUGAAUCCAAGAAUAACUUUAUCUACUUUAACAUUUGUUCUUGGUACACCUGAGCUUAAGGGUUUGUCUGUUUCAUGUAGGUUAAUCUUAUGGGUUUCCUGAAGUUGUUAAAUUUUACCAAGCCCCAUGUUUUCUUGGUAGAAGCUCAAUGUUUACUCUUUUUGCAAUCUAUUUGAAAUUUCUAAUCAAUACUAAUCAUUGUAGAGAAAGAAUACAACCUCACAAACCUCAAAUGACUAGUACCUACAUCUUUUGUGGAAAUCAUUAACUUUUCCACUUUUGCCAUUACCUUUGUUAAACUAAUUCGAGAGGUAACUUUGUCCUACAAUCUUUAAUUUUCCAACAGUUGCCUUAAGGUUCCACUGACCUUGUCUACACCAAUUUCCUGUUGAUAGUUCCAACAGCUAUUCACCUGCAGUGCUCUAGACUUAAAGUAGUCUUAAGUAGGUUAAAGUUGUGAAGAAACUGUAAAGCAGCAUGUACAGGGUUAAGUAAAUGGGCUAAAAUCUGGCUAUUGAAAUGUAAUUUUUAGGGGCUGGGCCAAGAACACACUUUCAGCUUGUGGUUGGGAACUAAGACCAGAGGGUGCAAUUUCAGAAUAAGGUGGCACCAAGGAGGAACUCUUCACCAGAGAAGCCUGUGGAAGCUGUUGUUAAAUAUAUUCAAGGCAAAGAUAGUUUUGGACUUGAGCCAAGAAUAAUAGGGAGAAAGGCACAAAAUGGAGCUGUGUAAGAUCAGUUCACACUGAUCUUGGUGCUUGGCAGAGAAUGCUCAAGGGACCACAUGACCUACUUCUGGUUCUUAUGAGCACAUUAUAAUGCUGUUAUUUAAUUAGCACUGUUUGUCCUCUCUACUACACUGGAUACACAAAACAAGUUAAUAUUGAGAGAUAUUAGGGCUUAUGUUUCUGCUGCUUUUAUUGUGAAGUGCUCUUGUAGAAUAUUUUGAACUUCCAGCAGGAAGUAAUGAACCAACAUUCAUGUCCUCUGCCAGGCCAAAAGCAUGCCACACAACACAGGUUUGAUCACAACCAAUCAAUUCCAAUAGCAGGCCCUUAUAAUCGACAUAUUAGAACAAGAUUCCUUUACUCCGGGCACACCCACCACAUCUUAAAUCAACAUUAUUAUAGUUACACUAUUUCUGGUAGGAAUUAUAGGAGCCUAGAUGCAGCACUGCAUUCUUUAAAAGGAUUGUACACUCGAAUCAAUUUUCUGAUGUAACAGUACUGAUAAUCUCACUCAACAUUGACAAACACAA